AUGGCCUCCGAUGCGGCCGGCUCACGAGUCGACCUCUGCGACUCGACCAUGACAGUCCCCUCCGACUCGGAAAAUUACUCGGCAAACAACGAGAUGUCGUCUUCUCCUCCGUCGACCUCUAGCUCACCCAUGAUCCUCUACCAUCCCCCGAAUCUCUGGGGCAUACUCCGCGGCGCGGCUAUCAAUUUGUUCCUCCCCUUCGUGAACGGCUUGAUGCUAGGAUUUGGUGAGCUGUUUGCUCACGAAGCGGCCUUCCGUCUAGGAUGGUCAAACACUAAGAUUUUCCCGAUGUAUCGUCGGUCCCAUCCCGUGGGCCCCGGAGUGGACAUUCGAGAGCUCCCUUCCGAGCAGAGACGGGUGACCUCCGCAGCUGGUAUCAACGACACCGCCUCUCUUGAGUAG